ACCUUCUAGAGUAAAUCAUUUCUCUGAUACUUCGUGUGUUCGCAGGGCUGAGUUUGAGAGUCAGGAGCACAGUUGUGAUUGUACAGAUAUCAAACUGGUUCAAACCUACUACCUUUAGUUACCAUUCAGAUCCCGACUACUCUCGCGCGUCUUGCGUCAUUGGAGUCUGUGAUCUAGAGGAGGCGCGAUUCAGUUCCCUCCGCUUUCACUCAAUCAACAAGCUGUGCGUUUUCCGAGAGGUUCUGGCAGGUUAACAGCAGAAAAAACAACCCUAUCACUGAUCAGAAGAAAUAGAGUGGGGGGAAAUGGACCGAACCUCUGCAAUCCCACGGUAACGCGAGCGUCGAUGAGGAAAGGACUGAAGAAUGGCUGCUCCCGACCUCCUUGAUCCUAAAACAGCCACUCACAACUCCAAACCACGCCUGUCGUUCUCAGCUCAGCCGGUGCUGCUGAAGUCUCCAGAUGACUUUGAGCCUCGUGUGACUGUAAUGCGCUGGAAAACAGUGCUGAGCGUCUUCCUGCUGGUGGUACUGUACUUGAUUGUCGGAGCAACUGUGUUUAAAGAGUUGGAACAGCCUCAUGAAACAUCCCAGAAACUGGCCAUCCUGGUGGAAAAACUGGAAUUCCUUGAGCAGCAUCCAUGUGUCAACUCAUCAGACCUGGAAAACUUAGUGAAGCAAGUGGUGUCAGCAUUACGAGCAGGAGUGAACCCUUCAGGAUACUCAUCCAAUCAGAGCAGUUUAUGGGAUCUCAGCAACUCCUUCUUCUUCGCUGGAACAGUUAUUACCACCAUAGGAUUUGGGAAUAUCUCACCUCACACAGAGGGUGGACGCAUCUUCUGUAUUAUCUAUGCCCUGUUGGGAAUUCCUCUGUUUGGGUUCUUGCUGGCAGGAGUGGGAGAUCAGCUUGGAACAAUCUUCGGAAAGGCAAUUGCUAAAGUGGAGGGGAUGAUUGAUAAGUGGAAUGUGAGUCAAACCAAGAUCCGUGUGAUUUCUACCGUUCUUUUCAUUUUGUUUGGUUGUCUCCUCUUCGUCACCCUGCCGGCCAUCAUAUUCAAACACAUUGAGGGCUGGAGUGCACUGGAGUCCAUCUACUUUGUCGUCAUUACCUUGACAACCAUCGGCUUUGGAGAUUUUGUCGCGGGCGAGGGCGAGCGACGCCAGCACGAAGAGAACAGUGGUGGUUCUGAGUUGGAGUACCUGGACUACUACAAGCCCCUGGUGUGGUUCUGGAUCCUGAUUGGUUUAGCAUACUUCGCUGCUGUUCUCAGUAUGAUUGGAGACUGGUUUCGUGUCAUAUCCAAGAAAACAAAAGAGGAGGUAGGAGAAUUUCGAGCUCAUGCCGCUGAAUGGACUGCUAAUGUGUCCGCUGAGUUUAAAGAGACACGCCGGCGAUUGAGUGUCGACAUUUACGACCGAUUCCAGCGCGCUGCAUCGAUCAAGCGCAAACUGUCCGCUGAAAUAAACCUCAGCCCACCUGUCAAUCAGCAGAUGACACCAGGGAAACGUGCACGUUCAGUUAACCUUGGAGAUGAGAGAGAGGUGUAUCCCUACACGUUUGUACGAAACGGAAGCUUAUUCCUCAACGGUCUCAUCCCGGAUUACGCUGACCAUCUGGAUAUCACUAAAACACAAACAAAAUGAACUGGAACUAAAGAUGUUCACUGAUAAACUGUGAAAAAACAAGAUGAAUAAAAAAGAAUACAAUGACAGAAAAAAUAACGGGGGCAAAGUAAAGACUUCACAUUUUAUAUAAAGAAAAUAUGCCCUAACUUUUAAUGUGGACAAAAAUCAUUGUUUUCCAUUGACGGCCAUGAAAAAGUAGCCAUGUAUUCUAAUUAAUAAUUUUGUUAGAGACGCAUAACAAGUUAUUUAAAUUUAUAUGAUUACACAUUAAUAUACUGUAGAUGUUUUACAAGCUUUCUGUGGCAAGGCUCUACAAGGCAUGACAGUCUUUCUGCUGCAAGAAUGGGCUAAUAUAGACAGCCAAGCAACUGCAACUGAAAUGAAUGGGAAUGCUAACGGAGUGCUCUCUUGAGCUUGUGUCUAACACACUUCAAGACUAUAUCUACAAAGCCUGACUUUUGGUUCAGCCAGCUUAAUGAAGUCACAACCAGAAGAGACACAGUCAACAGGUCUGAAGAGGACUCGAAGGCAGCAAAAGUAUCUGAGCACAGGGUGCUCAAGUGAAGGGGGUCAUUGUGGAGGCAGCGAGCGCUGCAACCUCUGACAUCCAGAUCCCCGGGCUGAGACUGAGAGAUUGCAGUUGCCAUGGAGAUCUGAGACACGUUUUAAGCCACAGCUCCACUCUGCUGCGAGGAAUACUACGGUUGCCGAGCCAUGACUGUAAAUUUCGUCCUUCUCGUACCCACUUGACACUCUUCAGGGAAUGAAGAGUAACAGACAAACCACACACAAGGCUGUUUACAGAUGAAAUGUGUCCUCAGAUGAUUUACUCUGAAAGAAGCAGGAAUUGAUGUUUCUCUCCUAGUAGACUCAGCUGAAAGCAUUCAGGACUGAUGUUUAUAAAUGAAUUGUACCUUUUUCACUGUCUUGAAGGCAACUAAAAUGCCUUUUUCUUGUACAGGGUAGCUCUGGCUGAACAAAAUACACUGAUUUCAAUAUGAUUGCGAUAAUUAAGUGCUAUCCUGUUUCGUCUCUGCUUAGUUAACAACACAAAGAAAGAAGCAAUUAAGAUCUUCAGGCUGUUUUUUUAACUGUGUGUGAACCAGAUUCUGUGAGUGACGAUUUCAUUUACUGUACUGUAUUUCAUAGUCAUAGAGCUGCAUCACAAUUGAUUUCUGAAGGCUUUUGAGAGCCUAAUUUUUAUGAAAUUGGUUGCAAGGUUGAGACGGGUGUAACCCUCACAGUCACAAUGAUGAUCAUGGUAAGCAUUUUCAGGCAUCAAAAGGUGAAGAGCUGAGGUUAAACAAAGUGUUACCAUAACAAAAUGACAUGAAAUUGAGCUGGAAGCAUUUACAUUCCUGUUCUUGGGAGGAGUUUGUUUCAGACUGAAUCUUUUAUUUACCAAAUAUACAUCAAGUUUCUCUAAAAGCACAGAGACUUUGCGAAAUCUACCACACUGUAUGUGAGCAUGCAAAUUCUGCAGUUCAAUUUUAUUUUGAAUUUUGUAAUAAUAUACAGUAUUUCUACACUAUAGGAUCACUUAAUGGCAAAGGUCAAAUGUUUUAAUAAUAAUCAUAGUUUACAAAUGAAUGUAUGUUAGUAUAUCGGUGCUCUGCAUCUUUAAGCCAAAAUAGGGGGAGUAAAGCUGAUAAUUAGUGUGAUUGUUAACUGCACCAGCCUUUUUCAAAUAAACUGAAUCACAUGCAUUAGA